AUGGGAUUUUCUACAUUCCUGAUCAAGCGUCUGUAUUGGCUUCUUUUGUUUACCUUCUUGAUAUUACACCUGACAGAAAUUGGCACAGCAGCCCUGUUUGAUCCUUCACAGUACCUCGAUGCUCACAGACAAGAAAGGGAUGCUCUUUAUGCUCUCAAGGCCAGUUUCAACAGCUCUUUUCUGAAUGAUAACUGGACUGGCCCUCAAUGCAAUACGGACUCUUCGUCAAGAUGGCAUGGCAUUCGGUGCUUCAAUGGUCGUGUUACUGAAAUUUUUCUGGAAAGUAUGAGGUUGAAUGUUACAUUAAUGGAUAUCGACGCGUUCGUCUUCCUCACAGAGCUGACGGUCCUGAGCCUGAAGAACAAUUCAAUAUCAGGGAACAUGGUGAAUUUCUCUUCCAACAACAAGAUGAAGCAACUUGAUUUGUCAGGAAACAGGUUGUAUGGUUCAAUCCCAAAGUCACUACUGAGUCUUAAAUUGUUGGAGUCUUUGCUUCUUCAGGAUAACUAUUUGACAGGGCCAAUCCCAGAAUUCAAUCAAUCCAGCUUGAGAGUCUUUAAUGUCUCCAACAAUGAUCUCGAUGGCUCGAUCCCAAAAACUCACGGUCUGCAAGCUUUUGGCCCUGAUUCAUAUUCUAGUAACCCUCAACUGUGUGGUCCGCCUACGCUCAACAUCUGCAAAAAUUUCUUUGCAACAAUAGAUGUAGCAGAUGAUCAGAACAAAGAAAGUUCUCCCGCUGAACCCCCAAGAAAGUCAUCUAUACCCAACUCUGCAAAGAUAUCUGUAGUUUUCAUCGCUGUUGGCUUCGUCGUGGCGAUUUUUCUCUUCUUUCUUCACUUCAAGAAGGCUAGGAAGCUUAAGAAAAAGGGCAGGAAAGUUGAGGAAAGAGGAGAAGAAGAAGAACAGCAACCACAGCAACAAGAUGCUACUUUGAUUGAUGAUGGUUUGGAGGGUGAGGAAAAACCUGUAAGGAGUAUAGAGGAGGAAAAGGGAAAGGCUGUCGAUAUCGAAGAAGAAAAAAGGAGGCUUAUUUUCGUAGAGGAAGAAGCAAAAAGUUUCACACUGAAUGAUCUUUUAAAAGCUUCUGCUGAGGGUUUAGGCAAGGGGAACUUUGGAGAUUGUUAUAAAGCUGUGAUGGAUGGCAAGGAAGCUGUUGUUGUAAAACGAAUAACGGAUUUGAAGCCAUUAAGUGGUAAAGAAUUCACAAGGCAAUUGCACAUAAUUGCUCAUCAGAAGCACCCCAAUUUGCUACCACUUCUAGCUUACCACAACUCCAAGGAUGAGAAGUUGCUGGUGUACAAAUAUGCACAGAAAGGAACCCUCUUCAAUCGCAUUCAUGGAAACAGGGGGAGGGACAGGAUUCCAUUUAGGUGCAGCUCGAGAAUUUCAGUAGCUCUAGGCAUUGCACGAGCCCUGGAAUAUCUUCACCUCAACACCAUCUCACAAAGCGUUGUCCCUCAUGGCAACCUAAGAUCAACGAAUGUUCUUCUUGAUUUGAACGAAAAGGUUCUGGUAUCAGAUUAUGGUCUCAGUUCAAUAAUAGCUCAACCCAUUGCAGCUCAGCGUCUUGUUUCGUACAAAUCACCUGAAUAUAAGACUACCAAGAGGGUUUCUAAGAAAUCUGAUGUUUGGAGUUAUGGUAGCCUUCUGUUAGAACUCUUGACUGCAAGGAUAUCAGUGUGCUCAGCUCCCCCAGGAACCGAAGGGAUGGAGCUUUGCAGUUGGGUGAAAAAGGCAGUUAGGGAAGAAUGGACAGCUGAGAUAUUUGAUAUUGAGAUUGCUACGCAGAGAAGUGCAAGUUCUGGGAUGCUAGAACUACUGCAGAUUGCUAUCCGCUGCUGCGAGAAGUCCCCCGAGAACCGACCUGAAAUGACUGAGGUUGUUCGAGAGGUGGAGAGCAUCAAAGCUCGUGUUGAAUCAGAAGAUGAAGAAGACUUGUCCAUGGAUCGAUCGUUAACAGAUGAAUCUCUUUAACAAAUGCCAGCCUUAAUUAGUGAUUACUCUAAAUUGUCAGCUUCAAAAAACCACAAUAUCAGAUCAGAUUAAAAAUAAAAUAUACAAAUGUAGAAGAACGAUCGUUACGCUUGACAUUUCUCUCUGUAUUAUGAUAUUGACCCAAAUCCACUAUAUAGCUCGGUGCUCAAGAGGUAUUGUUCCACGUUCGAGCUCGUUCGUAGUUUCAUGGUGAAUUUUGCCUCGAAAAGAUUCAUUUGAGAAGUUAAGGCAAUCAAGAGUGUCUUUGCCUAUUAGUCA